AUGGACCACAAAAAAAAAUGGUGGGUGUCACAUCAAGCCGGCCAUUCAAAAGAUGACUCGCUAGUUUUAGCUUCCGACAGUUCACAAGUCCGUCGCAGUCGCCCUCUGUGCUUUACCACCACUUCACAACUUGCUUCCGACAGUUCACAAGUCCGUCGCAGUCGCCCUUCGUGCUUAACCAAGUUGUGGUUGAUAGGGUUCAUUAAGCAUAUUGAAAGCUUACCUUGUUUUUUAAAAUUUGAUAAGAAAAAUGAAGCAGAGCAAAAUGCAUACUCGCAAGACAUCUGGGCCGGCAUUAGGCAUCCUACGCGUGAAAUUCAAAACAUGGUUAGAAACCCAGGUGUACGAAAACAACGUGAAGAAGCACAAAUAGAUUGGAUGUUGCAAAGUGAAACUCCUACCCCUCUUUCUUUCUUUCGUUUCGUAGAUGCUUCUGAAAGGUCAAGAUCCAUACAAAAAUAUUCAAAAAUACUAAUGAAAGCAAUAGGUCGCAAAGGAAAUUCAGAUAGGCUUAACUCCGUUCUGGAUAAAUUUAACAAGGGAGAAUACAAAGACGAUUGGGAGAUUUGGAAGAAAGAGAGAACAAAGAGCGUAACGGUGACAAACAUAGUCGAAACGAACUUCGAAGUUCAUGAUAGAUAUAAUUCUACAUUUACUCGAGCACUUGGAAAACGAAAUUCGAACUAUGUGAACCCGGGUUCGUCUAAAAAAGUGAGAUUAUCCCAAGGUAAAGACUCGGAAGAUAAUAAAGACUCGGAUGAAGAAGACUCGGAUGAUGAUGAGCUACUACCUAUGAAGAUCACGGAUAGUGUAACGGUUAGAAGGCUUGCCAAAAUCGGGAAAGGAAUUGCACGAUACAAUGUAGUAUUUCUCCCCGAAACUAACAAAAAUGUUAUCUUGCGUAGAGAAUUUGAUGAUGAGGAGUGGCAAAUUCUUGAAAAUGUAUUUUACAAUAAAGAUAACGAAAUUAGCUUGGAAGCCCCACCUCAACUUCAUAAAGUUGAGACUAUUUUGAAUGAUUAUGAUGAAUCAUUGGAGAAAGCUACAGAGGAUAACUUUGUUGAUCUUGAUUCAGUCUUAUUGUGCCUAGUUAUCAAGGCGAUUACAAGUUUCGAAGACACUGGGAGCAGUGAAUACCAGUAUCGAAGCUGGUUUGUGAAUUUGCCAUGUGAAGACAUGUUUCUUGAUUUAAACAAUACUAUCCGAUUACCAACCGGUGAAAUAGAAAAUGUUGAUCGCAAAAACCAAAAAGUUCUAUCUAAGUCCCCUGAAGAACGGAGAUCUACGGGUUGGUAUCAUGAUGGGAUAUUAACAAUAAACAUAAAUGGCAUCAAUUUUCAAAUCGGUUUCCUUGAGGUGGUUGGAAACGCCAUAGUUGAAGACCAUAAAAAAAUGACCACCGACCUUCAAAAAAUUUUAAAAGCGAUGCGGUUGGCUUUUUUCCAACUAACAAAAACUUUAUGGGAAAAAGGAAUAACUGAUGAAGAAAAGCUUAAACGAAAGCUUGAAACCUAUGGAAUUUUCGUCGAUAACACGCCAACGCAAUUAUGUUUACUAAAAGAUAUUGUAACUGGUUUAUUGUCGUUCAGGGCUCGUGUUGAACACACAUACACUCAGAUAACUAAUUUGUUAAAAAGCGCAACGUCUCGACGUCGUCCAAGACGAAUGAAAACUGAUAUAGAUGUUUCCCCGGAAUUGGAACCCAUUUUCAUAAGUUGA